CUCCGCUUUCCAGAAUCCAAUAUGGCGGGAUCCAGGCAUAGGGGUCCUCAGUUCAGAGCUUGGCCGCUUUUCUACGCCCUGCUGCUGUCGCUUAGUCACUUCGUCGGGGGCGACGGCGUGGGAGGAGGCCCUGCGCCCGGCGGUGCCGCGGGCGCCCCAGCCACACUGCCACAUCGCCGUUUCGAAUACAAAUACAGCUUCAAGGGGCCGCACCUGGUGCAGAGCGACGGGACCGUGCCUUUCUGGGCCCACGCGGGGAAUGCUAUUCCAAGUUCAGAUCAAAUUCGAAUAGCACCGUCUUUAAAAAGCCAAAGAGGCUCAGUGUGGACAAAGACAAAAGCAGCCUUCGAGAGCUGGGAAAUUGAGGUGACGUUUCGAGUGACUGGAAGAGGUCGAAUUGGAGCCGAUGGCCUGGCGGUUUGGUAUACAGAAAAUCAAGGUUUGGAGGGUCCCGUGUUUGGAUCAGCCGAUAUGUGGAAUGGUGUCGGCAUAUUCUUCGAUUCUUUUGACAAUGAUGGAAAGAAAAAUAAUCCCACUAUAGUAAUUAUAGGCAACAAUGGACAAAUCCAUUAUGACCAUCAAAAUGACGGUGCUAAUCAAGCUUUGACAAGUUGCCAGAGGGACUUUCGUAAUAAGCCCUAUCCUGUCCGGGCAAAGAUUACAUACUACCAGAAAACAUUGACAGUAAUGAUCAAUAAUGGCUUCACACCAGAUAAAAAUGAUUAUGAAUUUUGUGCCAAAGUGGAGAAUAUGAUUAUCCCCACACAAGGGCAUUUUGGAAUAUCUGCCGCAACUGGAGGUCUUGCAGAUGACCAUGAUGUCCUUUCUUUUCUGACUUUCCAGCUGACUGAGCCUGGGAAGGAGCCACCUACACCAGAUAAAGAAAUUUCAGAAAAAGAAAAAGAAAAAUAUCAGGAGGAAUUUGAGCACUUUCAACAAGAACUGGAUAAAAAAAAAGAGGAAUUUCAGAAGGGCCACCCUGACCUUCAAGGCCAACCUGCGGAUGAAAUAUUUGAGAGUGUAGGAGACCGUGAGCUGAGACAGAUCUUUGAAGGACAGAAUCGUAUUCAUCUUGAAAUCAAGCAGCUGAACCGACAGUUAGAUAUGAUUCUUGAUGAACAGAGGAAAUACGUCUCUUCCCUGACAGAGGAGAUCUCUAAAAGAGGAGCAGGGACCCCCGGGCAGCAGGGGCAGAUCUCCCAACAAGAGCUGGAUACCAUUGUGAACGCUCAGCAUGAGAUUCUGAGACAAGUAAAUGAAAUGAAGAAUUCCAUGAGUGACACUGUCAGGCUGGUCAGUGGCAUCCAGCAUCCUGGGUCAGCAGGGGGAGUCUAUGAGACAACCCAGCACUUCAACGACAUCAAGGAGCACCUCCACGUAGUGAAGCGGGAGGUGGAGAACCUCGUGCAGCGGAGCGCGCCAUCAAAUGAAAGACCAAAAUGCCCAGAACUACCGCCAUUUCCAUCAUGUUUGUCUACGGUUCACUUCGUUAUAUUUGUAGUGGUCCAGACGGUGUUGUUCAUCGGUUAUAUCAUGUAUAGGACUCAGCAAGAAGCAGCUGCCAAGAAAUUCUUUUGACCACCGUUUUCAUAUGUGUACAUCAUGUAUGUAUGUACAAAAUGUCUUUUUGAGGGACUGUAUGUAUUUAAACUGCUUCAUAGGCUAAAUUAUUCAGUUUUGUAUAAAAUAACUUUAAACAUUGAUUUGCAGUAAGAAGAGACCUUAAAGAGAACCACAUGUAAAUUUGUGCAUAGUACAUAAAAUCUAUUUAAAUUUCAGUUAAUUUCUGGCCAGUAGAAUAUAGCCACUGAACUUCAAUAUUCCUAUUGAUGAAUAAGGGGGUAAAUAAUAGAAAAUGGGGGAACCCCCAAGUAUGAAAGUUACCCCUAAGUCUUGGAUGUUGGAGGUUUCUUUAUUUCAUAUAAACACAGCCCUCCUUCUGCCCAAAAUAGGUUGAACUAAGAGCUCCUCAUCAUGAUUAGUUUGUAACCUAAGUCUUUUUCAAGAGGUCAGAAUUUCGUAGUCAAAGACCCAAUCCCUCAAUCCUGUAGUCUAAUACUGUUCCCUUUGAAAUCAAAGACUAUUUUGUCUGAGAGCGUUAGGAUCUGGAUAAUAGGCUUCAGAAUGUUUAUUGAAGUAUUUUUUUCCCUCUGAUUAUCAAUGAAAUUUGGGGGAAGAAUUAAGAACUGCUCUUUGCCAAAAAAAAAAAAAAAAAAAAAAGAUUGAUGAACACAUUCCUGAUAAUAGUUUUUAUGGGUAUUUUGCCUGGUAAUGUGUUCAUUUCAUGAUUGCGUAUAUGCUCGAGUAUCUUCCUUCUAACAGUGUCAGUUCAAUAUUAUGAAAAUAAUUUUUGUAUUUGUAAUUUAAGGAACUUCUGCUCUUUUGUGUAGCUUGUAAACCCAGCUCAGAUUGCAUGUUCAGCAGGUAUUUUAGUUCACAAAACCCACCACCACAUUCUGGCUGACAUUACCCCACACAGCCCGGUCUGCGUACUCCUAUAAAUGAAGGAGGCCAGCCGAGGGGCGGUGUUAAGAUUUUUGAAGGCAAAAUUUGAAAAAUGGACUUCAUACUUGUGAUUUUUUUUUUCUUUUAAUGCUAGAACUGAAGAUACUGUGCAGCACUUGUCAGAAAACUUAACCUUGAAAUAUCAGACUGGAAUGGGUUGAUACAGAGUCUUUGUACAGAGUUCCAGAUACUAUAGAAGCAGUCUGUCAAUGACAUUUUAAAAUGAAAACAUUUUGUUUUCAGAGCUUGUGUACUUAUUUUUGCCACCUCAAAAUACUCACCUCUUUUAGCUAAAGUGGUUAUCUUCAUUUGUCAUAGAAUCCAAAAUAAUACUGUUUUGUAUAAUAAUGUUAUUUAAUUCUUUCAAGCCUUAAUAAAUUUAUUCUAAGGUGUCAUAUACAGAUUGCACUAACUGCCUAAGAUCCAUACAGACUCUGAAAAUGCUACCCGAUAGCAGUGCCCAGCUUGACCUGUGUGUGCACACAGCCCCGACCACUUUUUGUAUUAGCAUUUACUGUAGAACAGUGAACAAGCGUAUUCGAACGGUUACUGACUCACCUUCAGUCGCUUCAGCACACUUCACCGGUGUUUCUCCUCACGUUCGCAUUUUGAAAUUCAUGUUUCUGAGACAUUAUCACAGAAUUUACUCUUUACUUCCUGGGGGGAAAAAGUUAAUGCCUUCAGAAGUAUGUUUAAGUUGUAGACUCUGAACUUGGGAAAUCCUUUUGAGACAAAAGGCUUCAAAAUAUUCAGUGUUAAAAAGUCCAUGGCCACGUGUGCCUGAACUUAGUAGAGGAACGCAGAUCCAUGCAGCAAGCGUUCCCGAGGCCAAAAUUCCAGAGGAAUCGUUGGGAUCAUUCCUGAUAGAACAGAGACGGCUGUUAUGCAAGAGCGUGAGCGUGAAUCUUUUCUACUUAGUAAUUGAAUUGCUAAAAAUCACUCGGCAAAGCUGUUCACACAGGUGUGUAUUGUAUUGUUUGAAAUGUUUUAUUUUGCUCAAAACAAUUGACUUAGUUCAUCUCUGAGGAAAAAUGUUUGGUCUGUGGAAAAUUCAGUCACUGCCAGGAUUCUUUCAUUUCUGUACUGUUUUGUAUAGUUGAAUUUGUUAACUUCUCUCACACCAGCAAGUAUUUUACAGGUGCCUUAGAUAAAAACAAAAUUGAUUUAAAAUUUCAGUGUAAGUCAUGCUUAUGAUGCCACUUUUAAACAGAAAUGUUAUUGCAUAAUGGCCGAUACCCUUAUUUAAUGUACCUAUUGUGUUCCAAUCAUUCGGAUGUUUUAUUCAGCUUGCGACUUUCCUAUGAAGCUGUAAACAAUAAACAAUGUUUUGCUAUGUGUUAAAGGAAUAUCAGUGUUUCUCACAGUGUGGUCGCUCCUGGUCAUGGAGUGCUUAUUAAGAAUACAGAUCCCAGGCUCCUUUCCAGACCACCUGGAUCAAAACUCAGGGGUCGGCUUCAGAAUCAGGUUCAACGGGCCCCUCAGGUGAUCCUGAGCACGCUGAUGUUUGAGAACCACUAAGAAGGGGAGCAGAAAAAAAUAAGCGUUUUGCUGGCUGAAAGCUGAGCUGAGCACCUAACACUUUCAUUGUCGUGAUACUAGCACGUGUGCACUGAUUCUUUUAUACUUAACAAUUUUUAAUGUUCUUUUUACUGAAACUUUUGGUUGGGUAACAGCUACAAACUAAACCCAGAUUGUUGCCUAUAGCAUUUGUACUUUGGUUGAUGACUUUUAAACUUACAAAAUCAUUUUCAGAUCAUGGUCAAGCCAUGGAAAACUCCCAUCUUCAUGUCUGCCUGCUAAAGCUUUUUGCUCUCCUGAGUGCGAUUUUUGUGACAUUUUAUCUCAGACAAUUGUACUUUUUGAUAACUUGGGGAAAACAAAAAUUACUUGAAUAAGGGAUUGCCAGAUCCACUGCAUCACAGAGACCUGGUGUCUUUGUAAAGAACAUAAUGGUUGUGAAUAUUAAGAUGUGAUUAUCUUUUCCUGCCCAAUGUGCCUCUUGCAGGAAGAUGGUGAACAAAUGAUUAUAUUGGGGAUCUUUUUAUGUAUAUGACCUAAUGUGAAAUCACCACUUGCAACUUUUUAGAUCCGUAUGUUGCCUGUUUAAUAUAUUUCUUUUAAAGUUUAAAAAAGUUUUCUAUCCUCUGUUAAUUUCAAUUGGAUUAACAUUUUGUCAAGUGUUUUUUUCUGAUUGUUAUUUGAUGCUGGCUGAAAUUCCAGAAAUGACAUUGACCUUAUUCAAAUAAAGAAAUAUUUUAGUAAAAAAAAAAAAAA